AUGGGAGGAGUGGCUAAACAAGUACCAGAUGGCCUGACGGAGGUGGACAUCAUCAUUGCCGGAGGUGGUACCGCCGGCUGCGUCGUCGCCUCAAGACUCAGCGAUGCAGACCCAAGUCUGUCCAUUCUCGUUGUCGAGUGUGGCCAGGAUAAGCGCGAUGACCCCACGGUCAUCCACCCGAUCUUUUCCUUUGGCCACAUGGCCCCAGGCGGCAAGACGAUGCUGAACUAUCCGUCAAUCAAGGAACCACGGACCGCCGACAGAGUCAUCAACACAGCAACUGCCAGUCUCCUCGGUGGCGGGUCGGCAAUCAACAUGUCGACCUACCAGAGGCCGCAAAGGUUCGAUUACGACUCCUGGAAGAUGCCUGGUUGGUCCACGGAUGAGCUGCUGCCAUUCAUGAAGAAGGCGAGAUUACAAAUUGAGUCAUAUCACGGCCAGGGCUCCUCAGACACCCAUGGGUAUGACGGGCCUCUUGAAGUCACCAGCCCAGCAUUCACCGUCACCAAGACGCAAAAUGACUUCAUCCAGGCAGCGAACCAGGUUGGGUACCCUGAAGUCAAGGAUCUGCAGGACUUUGACUCCUGCAACGGUGUCCAGCGCAAUUUGGCAUAUAUCGGAAAGGACGGCAAACGCCAGGACGCAGCGCAUAACUACUUGUAUCCCCGGCUCGACGACGGAAAGCACCCUAACCUGCACGUUCUUGUAGAGCAUCAGGUCUCACGGAUCCUGUUCGAAGGCACGGCAGCAUCUGGGGUCGAGAUUCGUCCAAACCCACUCUUCCAACCUGACGGCAGUAUGCAGACCAUCAAGGCACGGAAGCUGGUGAUCGCAGCUUCUGGUGCCAUGGCGACGCCCUUGCUUCUCGAAAGAUCCGGGCUCGGUGAUCCGGAAAUCCUAAGCAAGGUCGGAGUCGAUGUUGUCGCUGACCUCCCUGGUGUGGGCACAAACUACCAAGACCAUCAGCUGUCCAUCUACGCUUACUACACCGGCUUGACGCCGGAAGAGACUGGCGACGCUCUGUUCGGGGGCCGAAUCGAUGUUGCUGAGGCCAUUCAAGCAAAGGCGCCAAUCCUCGGAUGGCAUCUCGCCGAUUCAGUCUGCAAGGUCCGCCCGACGGACCAAGAAGUCGCAAGCCUGGGCUCCGAAUUCCAGGAGGCGUGGGAUAGGGACUUCAAGCCCAACAAGGAGAAGCCGAUCGCUGUGUUCAUCCCAGUAAACAGUUACCCCGGUUUCCCUGAGGGGCUACCUGUUGGUCAAUACUUUGGUGUCUCGACGUGGCCCACGUACCCCUAUUCACGAGGUCAGGUGCACAUUGCCAGCCCCAGCCUCGACGAUGCUGUCGACUUCCGCCCUGGUUUUCUCACAGACGAUCACGACAUUGAUCUGAAGAAGUCGAUGUGGGCGUACAAGAAGCAGCGUGAGCUAAUGAGACGCACGAAGUUGUACAGGGGCGAGGUUCAGAGCGCGCACCCCCCUUUCCCCGCCGGGUCAGCAGCUGCAUGUGCGCAGAUCGACGAGCCACUGCAAGAUGCAGAGAACAUAGUCUACUCGGCAGAGGAUGAUGCCGUCCUCGAGAAGCACAUCCGCGAGAAUAUUGGAGGGUGCUGGCAUCAGAUGGGUACUUGUAAGAUGUCGGCGCGUGAGAAACGUGGCGUCGUAGACGCAUCGCUCAACGUGUAUGGCGUUCAGAGGUUGAAGAUCGCCGACCUGAGCAUUGCGCCGGAGAAUCUGGCGGCGAACUUGGCUAACACGGCUUUCGUGAUUGGAGAGAAGGCAGCAAGUCUCAUCAUUGCGGAGCUCGGGCUAUGA